AUGGCUGCCGACGGCGACGCCCCCGCCGAGCUCGACAGCGCCACCCGCCGCGACGAGGCCGCAGCCAAGCCGCUCCUCUCCCCGCCCUCCGCGGCCCCCGCCGCCGCACCCACGGCCGGGGCGCCGGAGACCCUCGAGGAGCUGGACCGGAGGUACGCGCCGUACGCGCGGCGGGACGCCUACGGGCCGAUGGGCCGCGGGCCCCUGGGGCCGGCGGAGGCGGCGCGGCUGGCCGUCGCCGCGGCCCUGCUCCUCCCGCUCCGGGUCGUGGCCGCCGUGCUCCUGCUCGUCGCCUACUACCUCGUCUGCCGCGUGUGCACGCUCGGGGUGGAGGAGGAGCGCCAGGGGGCCGAGGGCCCGGGGGACGGCUACGCGCGCCUCCGGGGAUGGAGGCGGGACGCCGUCGUGCGCUGCGGCCGCAACCUCGCGCGCGCCAUGCUCUUCGUCUUCGGCUUCUACCGGAUCCGCGUGGACCACCGCCGCGUCGCCCAUGCCGAGGACGAGGAUACUGGCAAGUCUGAAUAUUUGGGAAGACCAGGGGCAAUUGUAUCUAAUCAUGUAUCACAUUUGGAUAUUCUGUAUCACAUGUCAUCUUCUCUUCCAAGUUUUGUUGCUAAGAGAUCAGUGGCCAGAUUGCCCCUAGUUGGUCUCAUAAGCAAAUGCAUGGGUUGUAUUUUUGUUCAGCGAGAGUCUAAAGCUUCGGAUUUCAAAGGUGUUUCAGGUGCUGUAACUGAAAGAAUCCAGCGAGCUCAUAGACAAAAAGACUCUCCAAUGAUGCUACUCUUUCCUGAGGGUACAACUACAAAUGGGGACUAUCUCCUUCCGUUCAAGACAGGAGCCUUUCUUGCAAAAGCACCAGUACGGCCAGUCAUUUUAAGAUACCCAUACAAGAGAUUUAGUCCAGCAUGGGACUCCAUGGAUGGGGCACGCCAUAUAUUGCUGCUCCUUUGUCAGUUUGCAAACUAUCUAGAGGUUGUCCAUUUGCCUGUGUACUAUCCUUCUGAGCAAGAAAAAGACGAUCCAAAGCUGUAUGCAAGUAAUGUACGGAAAUUGAUGGCAGUGGAGGGAAAUUUGAUUCUUUCAGAUCUUGGACUAGCGGAUAAGAGAGUGUACCAUGCAGCCCUGAAUGGUAAUAGUCUACCUAGUGCCUUACAUCAUAAAGAUGAUUGAAAUGUAUUACCGUUGCACUCUGUAUACCGACAGCUGAGUGGCCUGCUUGUAACAAUAAAUAAAAGGUGGUGUUUUGCACGGUAUCUUCACGGUUAGAACUUAGAAGAGCAUUUGUGAAUAUGUCCCAAUACCUCACUGGAAAACAGUCAUGUCAUGGGAUUUUUAGCACAGCUUGUUCUGAAAACUGAAUCAUCUAUUUGGUCUUCCCUGCA